CUGUGCUUGACGGACGCUAUAUGUGGAUCGAGACCCGGUAAAACCAACGUAUUUAGCAAUCUAAAUCAAAAGAACUUGAACUGGUAGUGUCCUAAAGGUCGUGUUCUCGACGCUGUUGAUUCCGAAAGAGACCCUUCCUGUGCUUGACGGAUGCUAUAUCUGGAUCGAGACUCGGUGAAACCAACGUAUUCAGCAAUCUAAAUCAAAAGAACUUGAACUGGUAGUGUCCUAAAGGUCGUGUUCUCGACGCUGUUGAUUCCGAAAGAGACCCUUCCUGUGCUUGACGGAUGCUAUAUCUGGAUCGAGACUCGGUGAAACCAACGUAUUCAGCAAUCUAAAUCAAAAGAACUUGAACUGGUUGAGAUCGUUAAUUGCAGUAGACAGCACAGAGACAUCAAAGAAGCAUCACAUGACAUGAAAAAUGCGUUUCAUAAUAAUUCUUUCCAUCAUCCUUUUUCUUUCUUCUCAAUUGUGGAUUUGCCGAGCCCGACUACCAGAAAUUAAGAACACAAAAGCCCCUGGCACCCCUGCAAAUGGUGUGAGAUUAUUUAAUAAAGAACCAGAAAUUGACAUAAAAGCCUCUCGCAUUCGUGUGGAAUUAAAUAAUGAAGAACCAGAUAUUGACAUAAAAGCCUCUGGCAUUCGUGUGGAAUUAAAUAAUAAAGAAGACGAAAUUGAGAACCCAAAAGCCCCUGUCAUCAGAUUAUCUAAUAAAGGUCUGCACCGGGGUUUCAACGAAUGUGCGUCGGCAAAUAAAUGCCAUCAUCAAGCCAAAUGUAUCAAAAUGGUUCGCUCAUACUCAUGUGUUUGUAAUGAUGGAUUUACAGGGGAUGGAAUUAGGAGAUGCAACGAUUUAGAUGAAUGUAAGUCCUCGGCUGCUCAACGGUGCCAUCCUCAAGCAAAAUGUUUCAACACUGUUGGCUCAUACUAUUGUGCUUGUAAAACAGGAUUUGAAGGGGACGGAAUUAAAACUUGCAAAGAUUUCAACGAAUGUGCGUCGGCAACUAAAUGCCAUUCUCAAGCAAAAUGUAUCAACAGUGUUGGCUCAUACUCAUGUGUUUGUAAUAAUGGAUUUACAGGAGAUGGAAUUAAGACAUGUAACGAUUUAGAUGAAUGUAAGUCCUCGGCUGCUCAACGGUGCCAUUCUCAAGCAAAAUGUUUCAACACUUUUGGCUCAUACAAUUGCGCUUGUAAAAAAGGAUUUGAAGGGGACGGAGUGAAAACUUGCAAAGACAUGGAUGAAUGCACAACGGGAAAUUACAAAUGCCAUCCAAACGCAACAUGCAAAAAUACCGUUGGAUCAUACAUAUGUUCUUGUAAUGAAGGUUUCAUUGGGAAUGGAACAGACUGUAAAGGCAUCGACAAGUGUAUUAAUCAAGAAUGGACAUGUGACUGUAACUUAAGUAGAGAAUCAUUUAAUACAAGCAAGAAAGAAAGACUGAGACAACUUCACGAUGAGGUAGAUCGACUAUUUGAAAAGAAUAUAACAACCAAAAGAAGCUGCGCACCAAUUAUUAUCGACGAGUUAUCAAAAAUAACAGCUUAUGAAGACCAAGAAGAAAUGUUGGACCAAGAAAUUCUUAUUCAAACAGUUGAAAUCCUACUAAAAAUCGUCGACUUUAAUAUUGCUGAUGACAUUAUGAACAUUAUGGUUCCUGCAAAUAAUAUACUGGAUGUUAGAUACGAAAAAUCGUGGCGAAAUAUGACGGACGGUAAAGAGGCCCGCAAACUGGUGGCAACUUUGCAAAAAUAUGGCGUUCAAAGCGGGAAUAUCCUAAAAAACAAAAAUACCUCCCAUACAUUUCAAAAUUUUCCCAACGUACAACUACGUGUUAAUUACAUGAAUUCGUCAGAAUUUUCACCUCAGGACCGACUUUUCAAUUUCCCAAAUGCAUCUUUCAAUAUCUCACGAGAUGCACUUCCAAAGAAUUCAGGUGCUGUGGUUGUUGUCGUAUGGUAUAAGACACUAAAUUCAUUUUUGACGAAGAAUAUUUACGACGGUAAUAAUUAUGCAAUUAAGAGCAGGAUAAUCAGUGCAAGUGUUCAACCUGAAGCAACUAGGAUUCCAUUCAAACAGCCGGUUCGCAUCCACUGGAAAGAAAACGUAUUGAACGACCCAAAGACUUGCGUAUAUUGGAAACCAGAAUUAUACGAUAACUUGUGGAAAUCGGAUGGAUGUAAAAGAGUUGAUUCAUUAGAUAACGACUUGAUAUGCGAAUGUGACCAUCACACGGCCUUCGCCACCAUGGACACUUGGGAAAGAGAUUUGUUAAGUGAAACUGAACAGAAAAGCUUGGAAAUUGUAUCCACGAUUGGUUGUUCCUUAUCACUUGUUGGUGUAAUUUUGACUAUAUUGGCACACGCAGUGCUGUGGAAGAGACUUCAUAAAAUAACCGACUGCAAAGUUCCCUCUAAAGUGUUAAUGAAUCUAUGUGCCGCUAUUGGAAUGACGGAUAUCCUUGCUGUUCUUGCCGGACCUGCACGCAAAAAUGAGUUAUUUUGUAUAACAGUUUCCAUUUUACUGUAUCUCUCAGUACUAGCCCUAUUUGGAUGGAUGCUAUGCCAGGGAAUUGUUAUCUACCUUAAACUAAUGCAUGUUUACGCUAGUAUGAAUUUGAGUGGAAGAUAUAUGAAGGCAUUUUAUGCAAUAGGUUGGGGUUUUCCAGUUUUCAUUGUGGCGCUGUUGGUUGGGUUGAAUGAUCGCAUUGACUUUAAAUCAAAACAAGGGUGUUGGUGCCGUGCUGGUGGAGUGUUAUUCUGGACUUUUAUUGCUACUAUAGGAAUAAUACUUCUGAUCAACGUUUUUGUUUUUGUUCUCGCCUUACGAAAAGUGUUAUCGACCAGCGAAGUAAGGUCAAGUUGUUCAGACCCUGACAACAAGUUCAAAAAGGCAAAAAAGGGUCUGAUAGGUUCAGGCACUCUUCUACCAGUUCUUGGAUUGACGUGGGUGUUUGCCUUGCUGGUAUUCAACCGAGAUACAAUUGCGUUUAAUAAACUAUUUGAAUAA